CCUGCCAUCCGCCAUUUAAAACGGAAGUUUAUUUUUUAUUGUAGCACUCGUAAAAUUGUAGUUUAAUAGCAGAAAAAGGCAGCAAAAUGUCACAACAGGCCAUCUCUUCGUAUUUCGCGACCAGAAAACGUGGCGCGGUCGAAGAUUCGCGCACAAGCAAGGCAAAAGUUUUGGUGCUUGACCAAACAACAGCCAGCAGUCCUCGAGUAACUCGUUCGUCUCGAGCGACGCAAAAACUGACUUUUGAUACAAAUUUCGAGGAACAAACGGAAUCCGUGACACCCAAAGCCAGGAAAACACGAGCAAAUGGAACAAAAACCCCAAAAUCCACAACGCGAGCGAAAAAAUGUCUCACUGCGGAAAACUGUGAAGCUGGGAUGCAACAGACAAAAUUGGUGGAUUUCGUCAUUAAAGGAAUGUUGUCGCCAAAGAAGAUGCAAAGUCCCAUUAAGGAAGCACCACAAGAAGAAACAGGAGCAUUCGGGACAAAAGAUUUGAAUGACUUGAAUGUGGAGCGUGGAAUGCAGACGCCAGUGAAACAAAAAGUCCCGUCGGAGCCGCGUCCCAGCACAGCGAAGAAACAAACGGUAAAGGAUAUGCCUUUGAAUAAAAUUAAGGCGAAAUUAGGGAAGAGCGAUCGCUUGACCGAGUUGAAGACACGUUUGAAUAAUCUUCAGCAAGGCUUGGAUCGUCUUGACCGGAUGGAAAGUGAACGCAAGGCGAUUGCGUCUCCCAAAAAGACGAUUGAAAUUACCAAGGAAAUUGCCAACCAACCCAAAUCCCUGAAGAAAUUUGAGAAAUUCGAGGUGGAGGUCAUAAGUCCUCGCAAGGAAUUCACGUCGCCCAUCAAAAUGCAACACACUACACCACAGAAAAAUGCUCUGAUGACACCAACCAAGGGCGAAUGCAAGACACCAACUCGUCGUUUAUUCAGUCCCAGCAAGAAUCCGCUUCGAAGCCCUCCUCGAGUUGCCGCAUAUAAUCGGUUCCAACACUUGGUCGAAGCUGCACGUCCCACUUUGCAACUUCCCUACAAAUAUCGUUACAUCUUGGACAUGUUCAAGACAGUUGAUUCGAUUUGCGCGAUGCUCCACAACCGCAACGAGAAAAUUACCUUUAAGAAAUUGAAGCCCGCCGUUCAACGAACCAUUCGUAAAAACUUCCACGAAACGCAUUUGGCACAAAUAAAGCAACUUUAUCCGGAAGCAUACAAAUUUCACAUUGAAAAGACGCGGAAUUUCGGUUCGGAAACCAAACACGACACUUACCAAUUGGUUAUUGUACCUAAUGGCGUCGGUGAGCAGAAGAAGGAUGCACCAAAGAGUGACAAUUUGGUGAAAAAUGCCGAAUUGAGUGCCAUGAAUGCCGAAGUGCUCGUCAAGCGACAAGAAAUAAUGCAAAAUAUUCUGUUGGAGUUGGUAAAAGACGAACACGAGAAAUUCUUAGCAACUUUGGAUCCCCCGAUGCGCGUUGAUCGGAAGAAAUUGACACGCUGGCAUCCGGAAUUCGAUCUAGAAGCAUGUCCCGAGGUUAAACGUGCGGAAUUGCCACAACCGCCGCACGAGGAUCGCAUGACGUCGGCAAAAGAUGUCCUUUCGACAGCAAGAAAUCUCUUCAAUUGCGGAACUCCCAUGGAGAAGGCUCUCGAACGGCUGCAGCAAAAGAAGGCACGUGAAGAGGAAGUUUUGGCGACACCUUUACCCGAAGAUCCUGAACCCAAAAAGACCGAGCCCGUUAAUAAAACAACAGAAACUCUCCUAAAAGGCGUUCCCAAUUCUCUUUUGGAGAAAAUUCGUCAAAAACAAGCUGCAAAAGCGCUCGAUCAAAUGACACGCAGACCCUCGCAAGAAAUUGAAGCAACCAAAUAUAGUCGCCUGCAUGAAUUGGCACGCGUAGUUCACAGCACCUUCGUUACCGAGGGCAAAAAUGUGCUUGUUAUGGAAGACGUCCUCAAGAAAGUACAAAAUAGUUUCCGCGAAAGCCUCAACAACAAAGAAAUCGAGGAGCAUUUGCGUUUGAUUGAAAAGGAAAUACCUACUUGGAUCUCUUUCCCGUGCGUUCGACAAAAGAUGUACGUGAAAUUGACGAAAAAUGCCAAAAUUCAAGAAAUCUACGUCAAAUUGGAUAAACUUGCGGCAGCCAAGAGUGCAUGAAAUCUUUAUUUUGUUAACUUUAAGGAUUUAUUUAGAUGAACGUAGCUUUUUUAUAUUGUAGUUUUUAUAUUUUAGACUUAGCAAACCCAGUUGUGACUACCCAUUUUUGAGUGAUUGUCAAAAAAAUUUCAAUAAAAUGUUGU